AUGGUUCUGCCGGCUCGCCGUCGUGGCGCAGUGGCGGUGGCGCUGGUGGCGUGGAUGGCAGUUGUUGCUCUGGCGGGCGCCGACUUGGCAGCGGACAGCAAGUUGUGCGCGGAGAAGCUGGCUGUGCUGGCGACGUGCUUGCCCGUCGUGGAGGCGACGGCGACGGUGCGUGCGCGCACGCCGGAGUGCUGCGCCGGGCUCCGGGAAGUUCUGGGUGACAGCAAGAAGUGCCUGUGCGUGCUGACCAAUGACCGCGACGACCCGGCCAUUGGGAUAAAAGUCAACGUCACCCGCGCCAUGGACCUCCCCUCCGCCUGCUCCGUCCCCGCCGUCCUCUCCGACUGCCCGAAGCUCCUUCACAUCUGGCCGGACUCUAAGGAAGCGGAUAUCUUCAAGCAUGCUCCAUGCUAA